CAUUGGCAUUUUGGUGGCAUUGUCAUCUAAAAGCAGUUUUAGUUCUAGUUUUUUGUUUUUCCUUAUUUUUAAGUUAAUAACUCAUAAUGUUAGCAAAUUAAUAAAAUUAGGAUGACAAUGGAAAGGAGGAUUAAGUUAAAAACACUCAAUAGUCACAUUACAUGUAAAAUUUGCCGUGGAUACUUUAUCGACGCGACUACGGUUACCGAGUGUCUUCAUACGUUCUGCAAGAGUUGUCUUGUGAAGCACUUAGAAGAGAACAACACAUGUCCAACAUGCAACAUUGUGAUCCACCAGUCCCAUCCUCUGCAGUACAUAAGCUUUGAUAGGACCAUGCAGGAUAUUGUUUAUAAAUUAGUGCCCGAUUUACAGGACAAUGAAAUAAAACGUGAAAGAGAUUUCUACAGAGCGAAGGGGCUGCCGUGUCCAAAGGAUGCAGCGCUCGCAGCAGACAAGCCUGGCGCUGGUGAUGAACCUGAACAACCUGAUAACACUGACUGUCAUAGAAAGGAUGAACAGGUGAAUGUUUGCUUGGAGUGCAUAUCAACAUCUCUACGUACACUAAAGCGCAGCUUCAUUAGAUGUUCAGCACAAGCGACUAUAACACAUCUCAAAAAGUUUAUAGCUAAGAAAGUGCUGAGUGGCAUAGAGAAGUAUAGAGAAAUUGAUAUACUAUGCAAUGAUGAAUUAUUAGGCAAAGAUCAUACGCUGAAGUUUGUGUAUGUAACACGCUGGCGGUUCCGCGACCCGCCAUUACGGCUACAAUACAGACCUAAGAUAGAUUUGUAAAUAUGUAUUAGUUACUUAAAAUAUUAUGUGAUAAUGCGAUUUUAAUCAUACAGAAUGAUGUAUUUUUAGUCCGAUCGGUCUAUAAAUUAAAAAGCUGAAUGGUAUUAUUUUUCACUAUGAACCGAUUAAGUCUGUAGAAUCAAAAAAUGUUCUAAUUAGGCUGAUUGAGUCUAGAAUUUAUUAACAUGAAGAAAAAUUGUUCAGUAAUACAAUUGAAUAUUAUAUUAGAGUUGGUUUGAAAAAAAUGCUUUAUUUACUUUAAAUUCUUUGGUUGCCAUCUUUUAUCGGGGUUUGUCAACCAUCAUGGGUUGAACUU